GUAACGUUUGAAUCCAACGGUGACAUUCUUGGUUGCAGCCACUGUAUGAUAGCGUUCAUCUCGUUUGAAAACUGUUAGAGUAAUAUUCGUUGAAUAAAUUUUUCUUGUGAGAUAGUAGAUGUGAAUCAGAUGCGACAAGUGACAGUGGGAAGUAUAGUAUUGCGCGAUAAUUUUAAUGUGCUACUAAAGAGUUGAAUCAUUUAUCGAAGAUAUGAUAAAUAUCUGUUUACGUAUUGGAUGUUGCCUUACUGACAGUAUAUGCAUUUGCCAAAAAGGGAUACAAAGCCAUGGUAUUCGUAAUUAUUGACAAUACGGUUACGACCGAAAGUAGUCCGUGUCUUGCAGAACUUCUAGUUGAAUUCUUCGAUUAACUCAACAGACAUCAUGGUAUACCAUUUUAUGAAUCUGAAUAUUUGUUGUACAAGAAAGUUCACGUUAAUAUUAUAAAGUAGUGACGAGUAUCAUGUAUUCUUAGAGAGUUCGAAGAAUAUUUCAUCUUUGACGAAUAUAUGGGAAGAAUAAUUUACGAGAUUUUAAGGUGCACUGGAACUUACAUAGUGUGCCAGGUACUUUUGGAUCGAAGUAUCUCAAUGAUGUUUUCAUCAGGUCUUGGCUGUAAUCUUUCAUUCCCCAGCUGUUUGGGAUAUCCACAAGAUAGCGAGGAACUUAUUCCUAAAAUGGCACGUGAGCCUAUUAUUCUCAAUGUUUAUGAUAUGUAUUGGAUAAAUGAAUAUACUACCCCCAUUGGGCUGGGAGUCUUUCAUUCAGGAGUUGAAAUAUAUGGAACAGAGUACGCCUACGGUGGCCAUUCUCGUGCUAAAUCAGGAAUUUUCAAGAUUACACCACGUGAUGCAGAGGAUUUGGGUGAACAGUUUAGAUUUAGGCAAUCAGUUCACAUUGGAUACACAGACUUUACAGAAGAGGAUGUGUCUAGAAUUGUGUUUGAGUUAGGAAAAGACUUUAGAGGUGAUCGUUACCACCUAAUGAAUAAAAACUGUAACCACUUCAGUAGCCAAUUUACUCAGAUCUUAUGUGGACAGGAGAUACCUGGUUGGGUAAAUCGUUUGGCAUACUUUAGCUCAUGCGUUCCAUUUCUGCAACGCUGCUUACCGAAGGAGUGGUUAACUCCUGACGCGCUCCAACAGUCUCUCGACCAAGACAGCCAUCGAGAAAGUACACCGCCCUCGGAUACGUCUUUGUAACAUUUAGCCAAUUCUGUCGACGACGAUACUACUGUUUCGAAAUGUCGUAGGAGCCACACUUUUUAGCAUGUUAUACUCCGUGUAAAAAAGAUUUAAUAUGUGAAAUAGGAAAAAUUACCAGAGUUUCGGAGGUAGAACAGAUGGAAACCGCAUGGGCUACCAUGAAGUGCCGGCAUACGGAAGGAUGCAAAACUAGAAGACCGGUGUUGCAAGGCCGUUUAUGCUACAACUACUGCAACCGAGAGAAUUGUCAUUUUAUAAUACUGUUUUUCAAACAGUAGACAAUUAUGUACAUGUAUACAUAUGUGAAGAAAAUGUUGGAAACCGGACUGGAGUUAUUCGGUCUGUUAUCCAUUGCAUAGCCUAAUAUUAAUCAAAGUCACUAAGGAGACUGACACAUAUAUGUCGAUCAAAGGCAGCUAAGGGAAUCCAUCGGCUGAAUGAAUUAGGCUCCUCUGGCUUAGAAAAUUGACCACACAAGUCUUGCGUCUUCGAGGGAUGCAUUUAUUCAAUACUGUUACACGUGACACUUCUACCUUUGGCAUCACGUCAAUGGUUUCGCAAUAAAUUAGGUGAAUUAUACAAACGUCCAUCACUACACAUAUUUAGUACAACGCAUCGGGUCUUAGAAAAAUUCCUGUGAUUGCGAUUUGAAAGUUUCAUAUUUUGAUCGUUUUACAAUGUUAAUGACGUGAGAGAUAUCUUUUUUAUGUUCAGAAACAAAUUUAAGAGUAUGUUGCGUUUAUACUGUUGUCGCCCUUAUUAAAAUCUUCUUCGCCAUUGAUACGUUCGACGUACCAUUAAUUAAACUCGAAAUAAAUGACAAAUUUCGUCGAACUCGAGCAUUAGCACAAUUUACGUCGAUUGUUGCAAACUAUUCUUCGAUAAUACCACCAUGAUGAAAUAAGUUUCGAAUUACAGUAAAGAUUAUAUGUAUUUUCUUAAACACAACUAACGUUAUAAAUGUACCUCGUUACUGGAAACUACAUCAGGUGCUUAGCCAAAUUAUGAGAAAAUUAUACACAUAAUUUAUUUAAAGUAACCGGAGGAAGCAAAUUCGUUUGUGAUUUCAAAUUCAUUGUUUAUAAUAUGUAAUUUAAAGCCUGCAUUUGAUGGUCAUUAUUAAAUUGUUGAAUUUCAAAUAUACCCUCAUAGUGAUUUCGGAUUUGCAUGUAGCAUACAAUUGAUGAUUGAAUCUUAGUGAUCGUGUUCAUCUGAAACUAGUUUGUUACUAUUAUACAUGUAACUAUUUCCAACAAAUUGUCUGUAAUAAUAAAAAAAGGAAACAUGGAAGAACACGUAAAGAACACGUAAGAUGUCUGGUAGGAAAUACACUACUCAUUUCCAUUCAUUUUAACUUUUGUAGAAUUGCAAAUUUAAGAUAUUUUCCUACAUUAAAAUUUCAUAACAUCUGAAAUGUAACUGUAAGAUUGAUGUAAAUCAUAAAUACAUUUCUCUUACAUUGUUGUGGGAAAUGCAAAAGAUGAACUGUCAAUUUACUUAUGUGUAAAAGUACAGAAUCAUUUUUUGCUUUUGCGUACAUGGUAUAUAUAUAAUUAAAACCUAAUACAGUUGUAUAUAAACGUUUCAUACAGAACUCUUAUUAGAAUUACUUGUUAGUUUUUGAAUAAAGAAACAUACUCUA